AUGCCAUCGUUUACAACGCUACUUGAAGAUACUUCGCCGUUACUUGUCUACUCGCAGGCGAACUGGCAGGCUGGAACCUCAAAUGGAGAUGCUUUAUUCGACAAGUCAGUAAAUUGUCUAAAUUUUGUCAACAUCUACAAUAGUACGACAGUUAAUUGUGCUAACCCCAUACCACUUUUCGUUAUCAGAUACUCGGAUGCAUCUUUUACUCUCUCUCAGACGAAGGGUUCUACUAUGACUUUUGGGUUCAAUGGAACUUCCAUAUCUGUUUAUGGCGCUAAACGAGGCAACCAUGGUCAAUAUAACGUCACGGUUGAUAAUUUCGAACCAACAACAGGUAGUGGUGCUUCAGAUACGGAAACGUUUCAGCAGCUGUUGUAUAGCUCUGGAAAUCUGAGGUCAGACUACCAUAAUCUGACGCUGCUUAACGUCGACGGGAGAUUUCUAGAUGUGGAUUUUGUGAGUGGCUUUUCAAUGCCUUUCCUUUUGUUAUUAAAUUACACACUUGACAAGAUCACAUUUACGACGAGCGUUGGUCGAGACGAUGAAGACAUGAUCAUCAACACUUUUCAAAAUGGCCAUCCUGCAUUCUCUUAUAAUCCCUCCUCAUCAUGGAAGACGCCGAGUCAAGUUGAAAGAUUCAUGGGUGGCUCAGGCCAGUGCGUGAAAUCUUCAUCUUGA